UUCAGUUAAAAGAGUUGAGAUGAACCGACUCUUUUGUGAAUCAGUCGUUCAGAGGAGCUGAGUGUCAUGGCCGGUCAGGUGAAGGCUCUGGUCGGUGCUAAGUGGUUAGCCGAGGCGGUGAAGAACAAGCGCGUGGGACCGAGUUUGCGGGUUCUGGACGCGUCAUGGUACCUACCGAAACUAAACCGCAAUGCGCGUGAGGAGUUCACGCAGCGUCACAUCCCGGGCGCGUCGUUCUUCGACAUUGACGAGUGCUGCGACAAGUCGUCCCCGUUUGAUCACAUGCUGCCCGGGGAGAACGAGUUCGCCGACUACGUGGGAAAUCUGGGCGUCGGGAACGACACGCACGUGGUCGUGUACGACUGCAGCGACUUCGGCUCGUUCGCGGCGCCGCGCGUGUGGUGGAUGUUCCGCUUCUUCGGGCACCGCUCCGUGUCCGUGCUGAACGGCGGCAUGAAGACCUGGCUGCGCGAGGGCCACCCGGUCACCGACCUGCACAGCACACCGGAGCGCGCGCACUUCAGGGCCCAGGGGAACCCCGCGUGGAUCAGAACCUACGAAGACGUCCUGCAGAACCUCACCGACCGGAAGUUCCAACUCGUAGACGCGAGAGUGGAGGGACGCUUCCGGGGGCUCGAGCCUGAACCGCGCGAAGGUAAAUACUGUAGUUUUAAUAACUGCAUCAGUCUAACAGUGAAGUUUCACUGUAUCACACAUGCAGGUUCAUCCCCAGGGUUCUCUUAUCAGAUACAGGUGAUGGAUAGAUAGAUAGAUGGAUAGAUA